CCAAAAUGAGCUUCUUCCGUACUGCAAACGACAUCCGUGUCGACGACGGCCACAUCCUCGUCGCGAACGUGCAGCGAGAAAACGGUGAAUUUGACGAAUCCACGUUCGACCUCAACGAAUGUCUGGGAAACAACGAAGGUCGGUUCCAAUGGGGUGGAAGCAACUUCUCUGAGAGCGCCCAGGAUAUCCAGUUCCACAUCGAGGGAGGAGAUAAUGUCCCCGUCCUGAGGGCCCGUCUUGCAAACUCUGAAGAUCAGUUCAGUGAUGCCGAUGUCAACCUGGCUGAACACAUCACCAACAACAACGGUGUCUUGGAGUACCAGGAGGAGAGCUUGCUAUGAGUGCCCGUAUGUAUGCUUGGCAAUAUGACGAUGUCGUCUAGAGGUGGCCAUCUUUGAUUCAUGGCGGUACCUACUUGUGUGGAUGGUUUGGGAUGCCGAAGAAUUUGGAUGCGGGUAUCGUUGAACAAUGUCAAGAUCAUAUUGAUUUCCUUUGGGCAUUCUGAGUCGCCGUGCUCCUCGAUAAGCAUUAUCAAUAAGAAGGAGCAUUCAACCUCGCCAAUUACAAAGGCUCUUGGUUUUUUCUAAACUGUAGGGUCUAGUGAACUUUCUCCCGGGAAUACAGCGUAGUAGAAUUGACAUGAAAAAGGGAACACUUGGUAGUAGUUAGAGUAAUAGAUAGGAGGAAAUCUCCCCCAUACCAGCCUGUUCGCCCGUUUACAACGCUCAAACACCAUUCCGCACACACCCCAGUCUACCCCGUGCGUAUCCGAGAAACAAAAAAGAGAAUGAACAAAAGCAGAUGAU